AUGGAGAAAACAAGGGUUAGGAGGAGCACAUUUUCUCUGGCAGUGGUUAUCAUUGUUGCUUUCAUUGAUGCAGCUGUAGGAGGAAGCAGUAGCAUCAGUCGUAAUAAGCCUGCAGUCAAGACAAUAAAGAGCGAAGAUGGGGACAUCAUUGAUUGUGUUGACAUCUUCCAUCAGCCUGCUUUUGAUCACCCGCUGCUCAAAAAUCACACCAUCCAGGUAUGUCAAUUCCACUCAAGGUUGGCUGGCCCCACAUCCACUGCUAAACGUGAAACACUUGCACACGUGAUGUGGCCCAGCUACUAUCCCAAAUCAAAGGUCAAGAAAGUUUCAUCAGAACCACUUCAACAGCUAUGGCAGAAGAGUGGAAGCUGCCCACAAGGAACGAUUCCUAUUCGAAGGACCCAAAAAAACAACUCAAUCACAGCCGUCCAUGACCAGAGCCAGAUAACAGUAGUAAGAGAGAUAUAUUCAGAUCAUUACGGAGACAAUAAGACUCGACUUUACAUCUAUUGGACUGCAGACGGUGGUGUCAAAACUGGGUGUUACGACCUCUUAUGCUCAGGUUUCAUUCAGGUGAACCCUCGGUUCGUCCUUGGUGGUUCACUCUACCCCGUUUCAACCUAUGAUGGUCCUCAAUACACAUUAACGGUCAAAAUAUACAUGGACCGUCCAACCCAAAAUUGGUGGCUUUUUAUACAAGAUCUGCCGGUGGGGUACUGGCCCAUUUCAUUAUUCACUAAUUUGAAGUUCGCCACCAAGGUCCAAUGGAUGGGCCAGGUUGCUAACGCCCAGAUGACAACCGUCCAUAUAAUCACACCAAUGGGAAGUGGCCACUCACCUCUUUCAUCCCUUGUAGACCUUGGAAGAGCAGCCUUUUUUAAAAACAUCAUGUAUGUGGAUGAAAAUGGCGCCAGCGUCGCCCCGGGAUUCUCAGCCAACUUCGUCUCUACUAAUCCAAAUUGCUACCACGCUCAAGGGUAUGAUGGGAGUGACAUACCAGGCCAUGGGUUCUAUUUAUUUUAUGGUGGGCCACAAGGAGUUAGUUCCAAAUGCAAUUGAAAUGAAAAUAGAUCAGGGCGCCAAGAACAUGAAGCAUUAGGUAAAUAAGA